GAUAUCCUCUCAACGACUUCCCCAAAAUGCCCUUGGACAUGAACACUGGAUAUCCCAAAAAAGAAAAAGUAAGAACCCAAAAGACAGAAUAAGAAAUCAUCAGCAAAAUCACAGAGAGAAGAGCCACAAUCCUCGACACAAUGAUCAAUGUACACCGUCACCUUCUACACCAACCUCAGCCUCUCCUAACCUACCAAUCCAAUUUCCUACCAAUCACAACCCUCUAUUCCACUUCAUUCCCAAUUCGGUCACCAAAAUCAACGGUCCCAAUUCAUCUUCAAAAGCCAUUUAUGUAUGGGACAACUAUAAAAUGCAUGGCAAAUCCAAGGAGAGUGAAAAUGGUAGCUAAACAAAUACAAAGAGAGCUAUCUGAUAUGCUUUUAACUGAUAAAGUGUUACAGUAUGCUGUUUUGCCUGAAGCUGCCUUAGGUGCUGAUAAGUACCUGUCUUCUCUCACUACCAUCAGUGAUGUUGAAGUUUCUGCUGAUUUGCAGGUGGUUAAGGUUUACGUUUCUGUUUUUGGAGAUGAUAGAGGGAAGGAGGUUGCGAUUGCUGGUUUGAAGUCGAAAGCUAAGUAUGUGAGGAGUCAGUUGGGUAGGCGCAUGAAGUUGCGGUUGACGCCUGAGAUACGGUUUAUAGAAGAUGAAGGCUUGGAGAGAGGAAGCAGGGUGAUUGCAAUUUUAGAUAGGAUAAAAGCUGAGAAAGAUAAUGCAGAAAGUCAAGUUGACGAGCUCUCUGACUCUUCCAAUUCAAUCCAAUAUGAUGAGGAUUGGGAGGGUGAUGAUCCGGAUGAAGACAUUAUAUAUGUCAAAUAGUUGCUUCUGUAGAUGAAUGUAUUUAUUACAGUAAUAUCAUUUAGGCAGCCAAGCUUGUCCCAGGUUAGUUUCCCACAGCUUGUGAUUUCCUUAUGAAGGAUGAUACUUUUAGCUGGGUACAUUUUAUUUAUUGAUUUUCAACUUAAAGCAUAAUGAUUUUUGCUCA